AUUUGAUCCGGUGUAAUCGAAACCAUCCGAACUUUCUUACAAAAAACACGCAGACACCUCCUAGCAGUUUCUAGAACAAACUAAAUCUCACCGCCCCAUUCCAAUUCUCCCACCGGACUUCUCUUUAUAUAUCAUUCUUCACAAUCAUUUCUCCACCAACGUAUUCCAAUCUCGCCGGCGUAGUUUUACUGUUUUGAGAAUUUGUUAUCUGCUUUUGGUUCAGGCAUUUUCAGAAACAGUUUGCAAAAUGGAAGAAGACGGUGCCGUUACAGUGUACAGUGGCAGCGCCAUAACUGAUACCAAGAAGAAUUCGUUUUCGAUCAAAGUUGGAAUUGCUCAAAUGCUUAGAGGAGGAGCGAUUGCGGAAGUCACCACCGUCAACCAAGCGAAGAUUGCCGAGUCGGCCGGAGUUUGUUGUCUUGUAGUUUCGGAGCCUAAAGGACCCGGAAUCUCGCGUAUGCCCGACCCGUCUCUAAUCAAGGAAAUCAAGCAGGCAGUUGCGCUUCCUGUAAUGGCUAAAGCCCGUGUCGGUCAUUUUGUUGAAGCCCAGAUCCUUGAAGCUAUUGGAGUUGAUUAUAUAGAUGAGAGCGAGAUUUUAGCCCUCGCCGACGAAGAUCAUUUCGUCAACAAACACAAUUUCAGGGCACCUUUUGUCUGUGGAUGUCGAGAUCUUGGAGAAGCGUUAAGGAGAGUCAGAGAAGGCGCUGCCAUGGUUAGGACCCAAGGGGAUCUAGCGGGUACGGGCAGUAUUGUUGAUACAGUCCACAAUGUGAGGAAAGUGAUGGGAGAUAUUAGAAUUCUAUCAAACAUGGAUGAUGAUGAGGUCUUCACUUUCUCUAAGAAGAUCGGUGCCCCUUAUGAUAUUGUUGCGCAGACGAAGCAGAUGGGUAGGCUCCCUGUGGUUCAUUUUGCUGCUGGUGGAAUUGUCACGCCUGCAGAUGCAGCGCUCAUGAUGCAGCUGGGUUGUGAUGGUGUGUUUGUUGGUUCGGAUAUAUUCAAUUGCUCUGAUCCUUACAAGAAAGUAAGGGCAAUUGUGCAGGCUGUCAGGAACUAUAACGAUCCCCAUAUUUUGGCCGCGGCUAGCAGUGGUUUGGAGGAAGCAAUGGGUGGUCUAAAUCUGAACGAAAACAGGGUCGAGCGAUUUGUUAGCGAUGAGAACUACUGAUGAGAUCAAGAUGAGUCUGUUUUUGUGUCUGUUGUUGAUCAUAGUAUCAUGUAUUUUGCAGUUCAGCUUUUGUGAACAUUAUCUUUUCUUGAUUUUGCUUUAGCAAUAACUUGAUGAUGAGUUUAACAUACCGUGUUUUACGCUUGUUUACAUGCUUGUGGCACCAGAAGAAAAUGGCAACAUUGACUUGAAAUGA